AUGGCAACAAAUUUUAUUGAUGCAUUGAGGGAGACCCCAGUGGAUGCCAUCGGAAAGGAUGCCUCUCAACCACUACUGUUAACAAAGACAUAUUUGGAUUCAUUGAUCACUAGUUAUAAAGAGAGUGAUUCUGGGAGUAGUAAUAUUGCGAUUGACGAAUUGACAGUUGAAGGCUUAGAUGCCAACCAAGUUUGGUUCCAAACAAAAAUGGUUAUUGAUAAUGUCGAAGGUGACCUAAUGGAAAGAAUCCAAGAAUUAAGAGAUGCCAUGAAGGUACCAGAAGAGGAAGAAUCAGUUGAUGAAGAUGAAAGUGAAGAAGAAGAAGUUGAACAUAUGAAUGAAAGUGAAAAUGAUGAAGUAGCUGAAGAAUCCGAACAUUCGUUGGAUGAUCAAGAGGAUGAGGAUGAAGACGAAAUUAUUGAAGGUAAGGAUGAUUACGUGGAUUCUGAUUUAGAAGAUAAUGUUAUCGAAGGUCAACAACAAGAGGAAGAAGCAUAUGAAGAACCACAAGAACAUUAUGAAGCAGAUGCAGAUGGUUUGAAUGAUCAGUUUUUCAAUAUUGAAGAUUUCAACCGUCAAACGUUAGCACAAGAAAGUAAUUUAGACGAAGAUGACGAUCAAAAUAAUAAUGAUGACGAAGAAGUAGAUUAUUUUGCUGAUUUACCAUCUGAGGAAGAUGAGGAAGCUGAUUACUAUGAGGAUUUCUUUGACAAACCAAAGUCACGUAAAUCUACUAUAAUGUUGCAAACUAAUGGUGCAGAAGAUGAAUCUGGGAAUGAAAAUAGUAAUAGAGAUAACGGUAUGUCAGCAAUGAACUCGAUGAAACUUGAUUUAUUCGAGGACGCUGAUGAUGCACAAGAAGAAGGUUCUGAUGAUGACGCUGAAGCAAAUAUAGAAAAACUAUCCACAUACCAAAAACAACAAUUAGAAAUUCAGAAACAAAUAGCACAAUUAGAAGCAGAAGCUAUUGCUGAAAAGAAGUGGGCUCUUAAGGGUGAAGUUAGAGCUAAGGAAAGACCAGAAGAUGCCUUAUUAACUGAAGAUCUGGAAUUCGAAAGAACUGCUAAACCAGUACCUGUUAUAACUACAGAGGUCACAGAAUCUCUAGAGGAUAUGAUCAGAAAAAGAAUUCAAGAAUUUAAUUUUGAUGAUUUACAAAGAAAGACAAUAAAUGAUUUUGCAAAGAGAGGGCAAAGACAACAAGUUGAGAUUAGUGAUGUUAAAUCAUCCAAAUCUUUAGCAGAUAUAUAUGCAGAUGAUGCACAAGGUGUUUCAGAAGAAAAUGCAGUAAGUGAAGAAUUGCAAAAGAACCAUGAUGAAAUAACAGAAUUAUUCAACAAUAUAACGUAUAAACUGGACGCAUUGUCCUCUGCACAUUUCAUCCCAAGACCGGCCAAGAAAUCACUGGAGGUAAGAGUAGAGUCUGCAGCAAUAGCAAUGGAGGAUGCUCAACCUUUAUCUAUGUCCUCUGGAUCAACUUUGGCUCCACAGGAAGUCUAUAAGUCUGGUAAAGCAGAUAACGAUAAUGAGAUUAGAUUGAAGAAUGGUACUGUAAUGUCUAGGGAUGAGUUGACAAGAGAAGAUAAGAAUAGAUUACGUAGGUCUGUCAAGAGAAAAAGAGCUAAGAAUAUGGCUAGUCACCCAGCGAAGAAGAAGAGUAAGAAGGAUGACGUUAUCGAGACAUUGUCACGUGCAAAGAAUAUUACAGUUAUCAAUAAGGCUGGUGAAAAGAAGGAUAUCAAGGGUAAUGCUGCAUCAAAUGGUAACAACAAAAACAAUGUUACGAACUUUAGGUUAUGA